AUGACGAUAAACCUAUCAAUAAUCCUAAUAAUUCUACUUGGGUUGCUUCAAACCAUUCCAAUAAAUUGCGGCCUUCAAGACUACGACGAACCCUUCAUUCUCAAAUUCAUCAACCGUUCUCAAACUCUCGAUCUUUCUCCAAAAUGUCGACAAUCUCUCGCUUUGGUUUAUGAUUAUUUAAAUGACAUCGAAACUCUCAUUGAUCAAAAAAUCUGUUAUUUCGAGUCAUUUGCAACUGGACCAAAUGAUUUGUUUUUGUCGCGAGAUCAAGAUCGAUGGGUUUAUAAAGGUUAUGAAUGUUUGUUGUCAGCUGGUGAAACUGUUUAUUCGAAAAGUGAACAUCCAAUGCAUUAUUGUUAUACACAUGAUGAUGAUAAGAAUAAAAAAGUGCCAGCUUAUUCAGUUUGUAUUCCAUCGCCUUGUGCUGAUGAGAAUUUGAUGGUAGGUUUGGUUUUUUGACACGUGGAUAUUUUGACUGGCGAAUUUUUCGCUCAAAAAUUUCUAUUCUCCAAACACUCGAAGCAGAAACCUUUAUUGCUAAUAUUUCUUGAUUUAUUAAAAAUUUUGAAACGUAAAUUUAUCGGGGUCAUUUUUCUCCUAAAAACUUGUUUUUUCACGUUCCACAUCUCAUUUCAAAAGUGCAAUCUUUUCUUUACAAAUCAAAUCAAAGUUCAUUUUUACUCUUCUUUUUUCCAGUUGCUGAAAGAAUGGCGAAAAAUGACUCAUCCAAAUGACAAAGAAGAAAUCACAUUUACUGCUUGCACGCGUUCUCGUCAUGAAAAACAAUGGUUUGAAUUGCCGAUUCCUGUGGCGGAUUUUGGAUUCAAUAUGUGUUUGAUGAUGUUGGUCGCAAUGGCUACCAUUUUUCAUAAAAUGAGAGGAGAUGAUGUGAAGUUAGUUGGGGAAGGUUUUGGUGGGAAAAUCGAGUGUUCUGAACUUUUGAAAACCUAUUUCGAUUCGGUAAAACCUAAGUGAACAGUUUUCAGAAAAAAAAUACAUUUUUGUGAAUUUUUUGAAACAGUAUUUUUUUCGAGAAUAGUUUGGAGCCAUAAAGUUUCAAAUAUGAAAAUGAACCUAUGUGAAUUUUGAAACAGCACAUUUUUUCAUGAACACUAAUAUUUUUGUAACUGAAAUUUGCUCUUGACAUUUGAAAUAAUAUAUGAAAUCCUGAUUUGAAAAAAAGUUUAAAAUUCCAAAAAAAAGUGAAUCAGAUGAACAGUUUUCACAAAAAAUCUCGAAUGUUGUAAAAUUUUUGAAACAGUAAAGUUUUUUCUCAAAAAAUUUUCGAAGCAGAAAAUAUUAACAUAUUUUUGUGAAUUUUCUGAAACAGUACAUUUUUUCACGAGUUAUUCAAAUUUUUAUUGAAUUUAAAAAAAUAUUUUUUUAAAAAUUAUGUGAAUUUUGAAACAGUGAGGUUCUGAAUAUUUUCCCAAAAAAUUUAAUUUAUUUUUCUAAAAGUUUUCAGUUAAUAGUUUUCCGAAUACUUGAAAAAAUAACAGCAAUCUUUGAAACAGUGAAAAAUUCCUACCAACUAUUUUUUUUGCAGAUCCUGGUCCGGUCAAAUCCUCCUCGCUUUCUCCGCCAAAACCAACUUGAAAAGACUUGUCGCCCUUCCAAAAGACCCUCAAAGUUGUAUAACUUGUCUCCUCGGACUCCGAUUUGGUUCAAUGGUUUGGACAUUAAUCGGUCAUUCCUUUAUCUUCGUUCAAACUUUUAUGGAAAAUGUUGACGAAUUCAAAGAGUCAAUGGUUAACAAUUUUUUCAAUCAAUGGAUCACAAAUUUCACAUUAUCUGUUGAUGUUUUCUUAACUCUUGGUGGAGCUGUUUUGAGUUAUAGUUGGUUUAGAAAAUGGUUGAAAAAUACGACGGAAGAAGAGCCGACAUGGACUUCUUGGGGAUAUUGGUUGAGGUUUUAUCGACAUCGAGUUGUGAGAUUAUAUCCCGCUUAUUUGUACACUUUGAUGGCUGUCACGCUCAGAAUUUCGGUGGGUUUGAAAAACUGGGGGAAAAUUUACUGUUUCAAAAAAUGUUUGCUUCGAGGUUCUGUUUUUGAGCAAAAAUCCGACCCGGAAAAUAUACGUUUCAAAAAAUUAUUAUAAAGCGCAUAAAGGGUUUUGUGAAUUUCAAUUUCAUACUGAUUUCGAGGAAUUUUGUAAAUGACUCCGAAUUUAUCUCAAAAAUUAACACAACCCCAUUUGUUUCCUGUGCAGAACCCCAAGAAUUGAAAAUGAAAAAUAACAAUAAAUUUGUUGUUUCAAAAAAUAUGUAUUUUGUUUUCCAUUUUCGAACAGUUUUCUUCGAUACAAAUAGGGAAAACACAAACCGGAAAAUAUACGUUUUGAAAAAUUAAUAUAAAAACCAAGUGUUUUGUGCAUUUUGAUUUCCAUGUCGCAAUUAUCAGAAUAAAAAAAUUUGGCAAAAAACGGAGCUCAGAAAUUCAAAUGACACUCUUCCCAAGUACGGUGUUUCUUUAAGUCGCUGCGAGACCCAUAUGUGCGGCUUUGACUUUGUUUCUCUGCCCAAUAGUGUGGUCUCGAAACGGUGUUAGUGACGCAGAGGAAUACCGUACUUGGAGAAAUUGGGAGAUGAAUUUCUGGCUUCUCUUUUUGCCAAGUUUUUUUAUAAAAAAUUCUAAAAAAAAAAAAUUUUUGUGCUUUCUUCUUGAACAGCGUUGUUUAGACAAAAUAUAGACUUAAAAAUUGUGAAAGAAAUCCCAACCAAAUCUCAAAAUUAUACGUUUCAUGAAAUUAAUAUGAAAACCAAGUGUUUUGUGAAUUUCAUUAAUUUUUGUGACAUCCAUAUUUUAAUGUAAGAUCUAUAAAAAGUUCCCCUUUAGACCCCUAAUUUCCUCCGAUACAUAUUAAUAUUUCCCCUUUCAGAUAACCCAUUUCCAUCCAAUGUGGCCACCAACAGAUCCAGCUGUCCAAUGUCCAAAAUAUUGGUGGCAAAACGUGUUGUUUGUGAACAGUCUUCUCAAUAAUCAAUGUAUGCCAUGGACUUGGUAUAUUGGAACUGAAUUUAUUUAUUAUCUUCUCUCCCCAAUUUUCCUAUUGGCUCUUGAGGAAGAAGCCAAAGGCUGGAUUUGUAAGUUUUUUAGAUUUUCCACGAAAAAAACCAAAAAGUUCUAUUCAGAUUCUUUGUAUCAUCACAAUUUUAAUCUCUGCUGGAUUCAACGUCGAAUCCAUUAUUCGCAACAACUUCCCACCCACUCAAUUCCUUUGGAAACAACCAGAAAUGUUCAAUCCAAAUUUCAUUCAACAUCAUUUGGAACUUUAUAUCAAGCCACAAUAUAGAAUUGGCCCAUAUAUUAUUGGAAUUUUGUUGGGUUAUCAAUUGGCGAGAUAUCAAAAAAUUGCGGUCAAAGUUCAACCAUCGAAUAAACAUGUGUUGACACUUUGGUCAAUUGCGAUUUUUGGAAUCGGAUUUGGACUUUAUGGAUUGUAUCCAUCACUUCAGGGAUGGAAUUCGAUGGCUUGGAGAGUUUAUCAUGUUCUUUAUGGAGCUUUUCACAGGUUUGUUUACUACAAAAUUUAAAAAGUUUCUUGAAUACAGCCAAAUCACUUUCAAAAUUCGUUUUAAAUUACAAUGGGGACUUUAAACAGUGAAAUUUUGAGGGUGAGAAAUUAAAUGUAAAAUUAAUUUUUGAUGAUAAGACAAUGUAAAAAUUUCCAGAAUUUUUUCACUGUUCCAGAAACGUUAUCAAUUUUGAAAAUAACAUUUGAAGAGUUUCUUCAUUUCGAAAAAAAAUUCACUGUUUAAAAAAACCUUGAAUUGCUCAAAUUUUCUGUCUCAUCCGAUUUAAAAUGAAAAAAUCUAAUUUGAAACUUUUUAAAAAAAAUUUCGAAUAUUCAAAAUUUUAUUUCAAAUUUUUCAAAAAUUAUGUAAUUUUCUCCACUGAUACAUCUUGGGUGUGACUUCCAGAACUUAUAAAAUCUGAUUAUUGAAAAAGAAAUUCAAGUGAGACCCUAUUUUUUCACUGUUUCGAAAAAUCUACAAAUUUUAAAAUUAGUCAACUCAAAAAAUGCGACAUUCGAUUCAGUCUGAAAUAUAGAAAAAUAAAUACAUGACAAAAAUUUCGAAAAAAAGUUCACUGUUUCAAAAAAACCCAAAAAAAAUUGAGCAAAAUUUUUUUUUCACUGUUUCAAAGUAUGUAUUAAUUCUUUAGCUGCACUGAUGUAUUUGAACCAAUAAAAAAGUAUGUUCAGUUGUAAAAUAAAUUUUCACUGUUUCAAAUUUCUCACAAGUUUAUGAAUUUUUUAUGUCGGAAGAUUCUUUCAUUGAUUGCACUUGUGAAAUUUCCAAUUUUAAAUUCUUCAGAGAUUCAAAUUAUUUUAAACAACUUUAUAAUAACUGAAUAUAUGUUUCGAAAAAUUUAAUUUUUUCACUGUUUCAAAAUUAUUACUGAUUUUAACAGUAUAAUCUCGAAAAAAAACUUGAAAAUCGACAUUUUCCGAAGUUUCCUCAAAGGAUUGAAAAAAGUUCACAAAUUGAAUAUUUUUCAUAAUCUGAGGUUUUCACUGUUUCAAGAAAUCUACAACUUUCAAAAACUGAUCCAAUAAUUAAAUUUGCAGAGACAUUUUCUCAAUCGGCAUUGCCUAUCUCAUCUACAUUUGUCACACCGGAAUCGGUGGUCCAAUCAACGCCAUUCUCUCCUCAAAUCUCUUCCUCCCAUUAGCAAAUAUGAGCUUUUCCGCCUAUCUUUUCCACAUGAUCCCAGUUGUUCUAACCUACAUGCUAAUUCCCUUCCCAAUCUACUACAAUUCCCAAUUCCCACUCUUCGUUCAUUGCUUCAUCCAACUUAUCAUAACUUAUGUCUUUGCAAUUAUCUGUAGUAUGGUCAGCGAAUUGCCAGCAUUGAAUAUCGAACGAUUAUUAUUGUCAUCACCGCCAACGAAAAAGACAACACUCAAACCGUUGCCAACAACAGAUUCCGAAAUUCAACUCAAAUCUUCUGAGAAGGCUUGA